AUCUCGAACAACUUCUUUCUCGGACCACUGAACCAGGAAAAUCACAAUGUCAGUCAUACUUGCAUCUGCUGGAUACGACCAUACAAUUCGAUUCUGGGAUGCCUUGACAGGGGUAUGCUCACGAACUAUCCAACAUUCUGAUUCUCAAGUCAACCGACUUGAAAUCACCAAUGACAAACGUUAUCUCGCAGCCGCUGGAAACUUGUAUGUUCGAUUAUAUGACAUCCGCCAAGUGGGAAACAGUGGGAAUACGCAUUCCACAACUUCGACUAAUACUGACUCUAACCCUGUGAUGACUUUUGAGGGACACACCAACAAUGUGACGUCGAUUCAAUUUCAGAUUGAAAACAAGUGGAUGGUAUCAUCUCUGGAAGAUGGAUACGUUAAAGUAUGGGACGUCAGAGCCCCACUGGUUCAACGGAGCUAUAAACAUAAUUGUCCUGUCAACGAAGUGGUGAUACAUCCAAACCAAGGAGAGCUUUUAAGUUGUGAUCAAGAUGGUAACAUUCGAGUAUGGGAUUUGGGGGAGAACCAGUGUACUCAUCACCUAAUUCCCGAGGAUGACGUACCCAUUAAUUCACUUACGGUAGCUAGUGAUGGUUCGAUGCUAGUAGCUGGAAACAAUAAGGGUAACUGUUAUGUGUGGAACAUGCUGACCCAAAAGGAUAUCACCACCCUCACACCGGUUACCAAAUUUCGGUCACAUCUGAAAUAUAUUACCCGUGUGGUGUUAUCCACUGAUAUGAAGCAUUUGGCCACUUGCUCGGCUGAUCACACGGCCCGUAUUUGGGCCACAGACCAAAACUUUGCCUUGGAGACCACUCUUCAAGGUCAUCAGAGAUGGGUUUGGGAUUGCGCAUUCAGUGCUGAUGGUGCUUACUUAGUCACUGCCUGCUCUGAUCACUAUGUGCGGUUGUGGGACUUAAGUAAUAGUGAAACAGUGCGCCAGUAUAAUGGCCAUCAUAAAGGUGCGGUUUGUGUUGCCUUGAACGAUGUUUGAACUGGCUUGUAUAAUAAAAGCCUAUCUAUCUAUACAUGCGAUUUUCACGUUUCCAAGUCUAGAAUCAUUGGUGACAUUUCCACCUUGAUAAUGUCACCAAAAGUUUUUUCAAAGGAGCUGUCAAACGUUCUAUCAAAGGACCUGUUUAUAUACUUGUCCAUAGAUUUGUCAAACGAUUUGUCGGAUGGCUCGGUUCUUUCACUAGAUUUAUCUGAUCUUCCUUCCAGUUUUAAAUGGUAGUUUCCGGGUGGGCCUUUGGGUUCUUCCUUUAUAUCAGAAAUAUUAUUAUAUUUGGCUCCGCCAGAAAAGCUUUGGCAAAAUCUGGAUAUAUCCAACAAGUCCGUAGUAUAGAAGUCUGGCCCAGUAUUGUCGUACUGGGUAUCUGACUCACUAAAUCCAAGUAGUCCACCUAGUUCUAAGUAGAGGUUCAUAAACUCUUCAAUCCAGAUCUUUAAUGGGAUAUAAUGUCCACUACUGACGUUUUUUUCUGCUAGCAGGCGGAAAAUAUCACUUAUGAGGGCACUUAAGUGGACUUUGAAGAAUCGCACAUCAACCUUCAAAUCAUCAAACAAGUUGUUAACCAAACUCUGUAUGUUUUUAAAAGCAAAUGUGUUGAAUAGCGUGGGGACACUAUUCUUGAAAAUGUAAAUUAAUUUGCUUAGAAUCAACGAGUUGAAAGGAAGUUUUCCGAUUAAAAGAUCAAAGUCUAUUUUCUUGUAGGCCUGUUUUAACUCUCUUGUUCGAACCGGUUCAUUUUCAAGUUUGACUCGAAGUCGAAAAUUUACCUCCAUUAGACUGAUCAAUCGGUUAAGGCAUCUCACAAAAUGUGCCCCACAUUUUGCCUUUAGAUCCACUAAUUUAGCUGGAAGUUUGUUAUUGAUAGCUCCUAUUAGUUUAGGGCAGAAUUGGGCACUCAUAUACUUUAGAUUGUCGACAAGUUCUAGAGUUUGAAGCCAAUUGUCACCUUUAAAUGAGAU